AUGUACUCCUGCGCCAACUACCCCCGCGGAUGCCGCGGCCGUGUCAACAUUGAUGGCGCAAAGUGCGCUGACUGUGUGAGCCUCAAACUCCGUCGCCCAUCCGCCUUCUCAUCCCCCUUUGCGCAGUCCAGGGAUUACCGCAGAUCUCUCCCCUCAGAGAGAGACUCUCCAUUCCGGCAAACCCGCCUGGAAUAA